AUGGCGGCCCGGUUCGGUUUGGUGCUGUUGGGCUCCGUGUUCUUCCCGUUGUUGUUCGUUCUGAUCCGCUCCGCUCUGCGAUCGUUACCGGGACAGCGCUGCCCUGAACCGGACGCCGCCAUCUUGGCUGCCAGACACUGGCUGGCGGCUGUUUACCCCCCGUUCGCCGUCCCGUACUUCGUGUACGAUUUAUUCGCCAUGUUCCUGAUCCACCGGAACCGGCGGCUCCUCAAAGGCCACAAGAACCGACCGGAACCGACCAGGAACGGAACCGGAACCGGAACCGGAACCGGCAGCUUCCUGCGCAAAGAGGGGUUAAUGGUGCUGCACCAUGUCACCAUGGUCACUGUGUGCUUCCCUAUAGCCACGUAUGGCCGCCAACACACGACCCUACACAAGCUGAACGGUGCCGUCACCCUAUUGACGUUCCUGUGCUGCCGUGUCCUCCUGUUCCCGUUCCUUUAUGGGAUCUACGGGCGCCAUAUUGGGGUCCCCCUAUGGCGGGUCCCAUUCAACAUCCCCGGAUCCUACAACAUGGCGGCCGCCGCCCUAUUGGCCCCACAGCUCUAUUGGUUCGGGCUGUUGUGCAGGGGGGCCUGGAGGCUGCUGGCCCCACAACCACCGCGGCCACCCUGA